CGUGCUCGUCCUCUGUGUCCGAUAUCGAUCCCGUUUCGGCGCCAUGGAGUGGACCGUCGAGGCUUCCCUGACGCUGAUAGAACUGUACAAGAAGCAGCCGGUGCUGUGGAACACCAGGCACAGCUACUACUACUCGAAGGUGAGGAAGCAGAGCGCUUGGGAGCAGAUAGCUUGCAGCAUGGAUUUGGGAGUGGACGAGGUUCGACAGAAGAUGAAUAGCUUGUUGGGCUCGUUCCGCAGGGAGAGGUCCAAGAUGAGGAGGGGGGAGGGCAGGUACGCAUUGGGAAACUUCGCCUCGCGUUGGUUCGCAUUCGACAAACUGCUGUUUCUAUGGGAUCGCCAUGAGGCAGUGCCCAACGACAAAGUUGAUUUGGAAGAGCUGCAGAGGAAGCUGGAUGAAGAAGGAGAAGACAACCUGGCGCUCGACAGCGACUCGAAUCACUUAUUAGAAGAAGAGUUGAACGCGGCAACUCAUCAAACCUCCUUGAGUUCUAAAAAACAACCACGCAAAAUAUUCACGAGUUCCAUUCAGCCACCUCCGACAAAGAAAACAAAAUUUACACAUGACCAUAGUGGCGAGGACCUACCCACUUUCCCUGCCCAAGAAGAGUGCAGUUUGUACGCGAGGUACCUAGCGGAGAAAUUGAUGAGGAUGAGUUGUAGAACUAGAGCUUUGGUGCAGCGCUCUAUUAACAAUAUAAUUUUCGAGGCGGAUUUGGGCAAGUACGAGGAUACGCAACAAACUCCGACAACUCUCUUAAGCUCCCAUUUGGAUGGGAUCAACUUAUCUUCUGCGCUCGACGGUUUUAAACUAGAACUAGAUCAACUACCCCUAGGCCCAGAAGCCGCAGAAACAGUUGCUGAAAGUUAGCGUUUUGUUUAAAAAAUUGUCAAAUUUGGACUAUUCCUAGUGUAAGUAAAUCUCUCUAAUUGUUUCUCUCGUCUUAAUUCAUAAAUAUAUAUAAAUUCAUUUUCUGGUGCUAUUGAGGUAAUAUUUUUGUAAACAUUUGUGAAAUAUUGUAAAGGCUGUCUUGAUUGACAGAACAGUAUUUAGUAAUUCUGUUUUGUAACUAAUGUAAUAAAAU